UCAGCACCAAGCAUCAAGAACCAAGCACCAGCACCGACACCAACAGCAGCAUACCGCUUAUGCCGGGCUAGCCAGUCCCAUCCAGCCAAGUCAAAAUUUAGAAACAUCACAACGUCCUCCAAUGGCUACCCGCAGACGCUCAGAGCCAAGGCCUUCACCCGCCCGCCCUCGUCUCGUUUUUUUGUCUUCACCCCCCCCCCUGUUCAUGGACCCCGACACACAACUCAACCUCCGAACGCUCCACCCAGAGAUCCACCUCUCCACUGUCUUGAACCUGAUGCGUUGUGUGCAGCUCGCUUCUCGCCUCCCCCCUCCUCCUACACACGCGCACACCACACUAAAGCAUCUCGACAUCCUGUCCUGCAUCACGGAUCAUGGCCACACCCCCGGAAAGGCCCCAUAAUAUCCUUGCGGGAUUAUUCACAUGCCGUCGUUCCCAAGCGGGUGCACGGUUGUACAGCUUAUCCCUACCCUGUCUCUCAGUCUCUCCAAGCACACUCUUCCUCGUCGUACGGAAUAGGUAUGCACCAAGUUGUGUGUACAUGUCUAUGUGCGUGGUGUAUCCGCACGUCGUAG